GUUGGCCGCGCCGUGGUGAUGUGCGCCGGUGUAAACUAUAAACUUCCUGUAUGAACAACCGGAGCUUCUCUUCCACCGGUCCGGGUCAACAUGGGGCGAGUCAGGACAAAGACGGUCAAGAAGGCCAGCAGGGUCAUCAUCGAGAAAUACUACACACGCCUGGGCAAUGACUUCCACACCAACAAGAGGGUGUGUGAGGAGAUCGCCAUUAUCCCCAGCAAGCCUCUGCGCAACAAAAUAGCAGGGUAUGUGACACACUUGAUGAAGCGCAUCCAGCGUGCUCCAGUCAGAGGAAUCUCCAUCAAGCUGCAGGAGGAUGAGAGAGAGAGGAGGGACAACUACGUUCCCGAGAUUUCUGCUCUGGACCAGGAGCUCAUCGAGGUAGAUCCUGACACAAAGGACAUGCUCAAGAUGCUGGAUUUCGGUGGCCUCUCCAACCUUCAAGUCACUCAGCCAACUAUUGGAAUGAACUUCAAAACACCACGAGGGAUGUAAUCAUGUUGAAUAAACCUCUUGAUAAAGAGACUUAAUUGUUAA